GGGUGUUGCAUGAGCUGCUGCCGGGCCUGCACCAGUGGCGUUACGCGGACGCCAAAGAACGCUGGACGCUGACCCAUGGGUCACUCCGCGUCCUGCGGCUCGCCCUCACCGCCGGCUCCUUCGUGACGGACCCGGACCUUUCAGAGCUCACAGCGCCAGUGGCUGCACCACCUGCUCCAUCGCCGCCUCCACCAUCCAGCGGCCCUACAUUGCUCCGUCUGACGUACGGCAGUGAAGGCACCACUGCCGUACUGUCGUACGAUUCGGCACCCUCAUCAACCGCAACAGGACCCGGAGCGCCACCGCUCCUUACUCCCGAGCAGGUGCUAGCCGCUGCGGCUCCUCGCCUGCAUGUGUCGGUGCUGUCCGCAGCGCUGCUGAAGCUGCUGCUGUUGCACGGGGGCGUGCUGCUGACGCACAGCCUGCCGCCGCCCGCGGGGGUGCUGGAGCGGCUGCGUGAGGAGGACGCCUCCCGCCCCGAGCUGUCCCCGCUGGAGGAGUGCGUGGGGGAGCUGCUGCAGCUCAUGCCGCCGCUGCUGGCUGCCGCAGGGGCGCACCCGCAGGAGCAGCCCUUCGAGGAGUUCCUGCUGGGUGGCCAAGACCCCACCCCGGCGGCCCACUUGGCCUCCUACGCCUCAUACCACGAGGCGGACUGCGACCGCAUGCCGCCGGAGAGACAGAUCAGCUACCUCGCCCUCCGCGCGCUGCUCUCCCUCUCCGCCUGCAUCUCCCGCCCCGUCUCCCGCUCCCUGCCCGGCGUCUCCCUCUCCCUCGCGGUGCCCGCAGGCAGCGCAGCAGAGGCUUGUCUGCGGGCGCUGCUGCGGGGCGACGGCGCCUCCGCGCACCCCGCGCACCAUGCGUUGGCCGCCCAGCUGGCGGCGGCCGCAGUGGGCUCCCAGAGCAACCUGCUGGACUCCCUCAUGUUCCCCUCGGACCUGGAGGAGGAGCAGCUGAAGCAGCAGCAGCAACAAGGCGGAGGAGGCGCAGCAGCAGCUGAUGGAGGGACGGCAGCCGGGUCAGGGGCAAUGGUGACGGUGGUCCGGCGGGGCGGGCGGCCCAGGCAUGCGUUGGACGGGCUGUACGGCACGCUGCAGCAGGCGGCGCGGCUGAAGCGCGAGCAGCCGCAGGUGCUGGCGUCGGCGCUGCGUGUGCUGGUAGCCAUGUGGCAGCAGCCGGCGGCAGCGCACCGAGCGGUGGCGGUGUUGCGGGGUGUCAAGGGGUUUUGGAGCAGCCUGGAGGUCUGCUUGGAGCCUGUGGUGGAUGGUGGCGGCCAGUCGAGUCCGAGCCAGGCGGGCGCAGGCGGCGGGAGCUGCCCACCCGCGGAUGUGGCUGCCUACCGUGGGCUGUGUGAGGCGUAUGUGCUGCAGAUCCUGACUGUGGAGGCUUUUGCCAGGUCGCGAGCAGCGGCAGCUGCUCAGGGUUCCGCAGCGGGCGGCGGCAGCGCGGAUGGCAGUGCGGAGGCGCUGUUGAAUAAGCUGGCUGCGCGCCGGGGUGUGCUGCUGCGGUUGCUUCGAAGCGCCGCUGAGCCCCUGCCUACGGCUGCUGCUGAGGCUGAGGUGGUGGGCACGCUGCAACGCACCGCGGCGGCGCUGUGCCUGGAGAUGGGGGCGGUGGUGGUGGCGGAGCUCUGGGGGGCUCCCGGGGUAGUGGACGGAGUGUCGGUGGCGGCUGCGCUGCGGGAGGAGCUCUCCGGCGUCCGCAAGCUGAUGUCCCAGGGUGCCGCAUCGGUGGCCGACAUACACUCCGUACAUGACGAUUUGCUGGCAGCUGCGGGACUGGGACUGACCCACGGGUCGCCUGGCGCCCAAUCGGCCGAUGAAGCCAUGUGCAUGGCCCAGAUGACACCGCCCGGCCACCCGCUCGCGCAGCUGCUGUUGCAGCGGCAGUGCUUGGGCGCAUCUCUGGUUAGCAGGUGCCACGUGGCCACCUCGGACCUCUGCCAGCUGCCCGGCGUCGGCCCGCUGCCCCCCGCGCCCGGCCCCGACCACCUGCUGUGCCGCACCCGGCUGGCGCUGCUGCUGGGGCCCGCGGCGGCGGACCUCCAGUCGGCGGACCUGGUGGCAGGGGCCUUGUGCGACGUCAGCUACACGUCCUCCCUGGCGGAGUCCCGGACGCUGCUGCUCCAAUCCGCCUGCGCCCUCACCGCCCUGCUCGCCCUCGACCGGCGCCUCACACCACCCGCCGGAGCCUCAUCAUCCGCCGCAGCUGCUGCCCUCCUUGACCCCCCCUCGAGCACCACCGCCACCGGCGCCGAGCCCGCCACUCCCAGCGGCGGCGCUGCUGCCACUUCUGGCACCAGCAGCAACCCCUCCAGUGGCGGCCUGCUGAGCUCCGUACUGGAGGCUUCUACGGCAGCUGUGGGCGCCCUGGCGGCCUGGUGCAACCUCCCAGACAGCCGCGCCACCCUGCAACCCGACUGGGGCCUCCGCCGCCUCCACGCACACCACCUGGCGUCCGCGCUGGCGGCGUCACGGCUGCUGCUGUCUGUCGUACAAGCGGCACGGCCGGCGCUCACAUCGACGUCGGCGGCGCCAGGCGGCUCCACACCCGCCUCUGCGACACCCGCACGCUCCCCGCUGGGCGGACUGGGCUCCCUAACGCCUAUCGCCACAGCUCCGAGGACGGCGGGCAGGGCUGGCGGGGCCGGCUCCGCUGGAGGCAGCGGCGUCGCCACCGACCCUGCCUACCUCCCCUUCGUGGCCCAGCUGGCUCAGCAGCUGGCCAGCUGGUCGCGAGUGGUGGCCACCUCGGGACUGCCGCAGUGCCCGCGUCAGGCGGUGCUGCAGGUCACGGACGCGCUGGCGGGCUCGCUGCUGCUGGCGCUGCAGCCGCUGCCGGCGGAGGCGACCUCCGCUGCGGCGGCGGCGGCGGCUGCGGAGGAGGAUCAACGGCAGGCGCUGGCGGCCGCGUUGCUGUCCGCACUGCCUCAGCUCUGCGAGCUGUCUUCCUGCGGCGGCAUCAGCUCCCCUCUGGCCACUCAGCUGCUGCUGGAGUGCACCCGCCACCUCUCCACCCACGACUGGCUGCCGCUGCUGCUGGCGAAGCUACACCUGGGCGAGGGCAUCCUGUCAGCAGCGGGAAGGGCGGCUGCCAUUGCCGCCGCUGCGGCAGCGGGCGCCGGAGGCGGAGCCGCUGCAGCAGCAGCUACUGUCUACCUUCGCAGCAGUGACGUGGCGGUCUCCGCCGGGGACCUGGGCAUGCUGUCACUCGCGCUAGCAGUGGCCCAGGUGCCGGACGGAGCAAGAGCGUUGUACGACAGAGGAGUCGUGGAUCAGCUGGUUGCGGCGGGCCGGCAUCUCCUGUCGGCCGCCGGAGGCCGGCUGGCAACUUUCUCUGUAGUCGCCGUUACCGGUACGGGGCCGUACCGCCCGCGUGUGGAUGGUACGUACGGUAUAACCUACGGCGCAAUGACGGGCGGAAUGACCCGUGGGUCAUCUGCGCUUCGGCUUGGUGCAGUGCAGCCGGA